UUCACUUCACCAAGAGACUCCACUCAAAACGUCUCUCUUCCUCUUAAUUACUACAAAUCUCUCUCUCUGUGUUUUCUGGGCUUCUGCUCAAAUUUGAAUCUCUCUCUUAACUAAACUCCUUGUUCAGAUCCCUCAAACUCCAUAGAAAUGAAGAAAGUAGUGUUGAAAUUGGAAUUGUACGACGAGAAGGCUAAGAAGAAAGCCAUGAGGGCAGUCUCAGGGCUUGAAGGGCUUGAUUCAAUUUCCAUGGAUAUGAAGGACAAGAAACUGACGGUGAUAGGGGACGUAGAUCCAGUAAAUUUGGUGAGCAAACUGAGGAAGCUUUGCCACACAGAGAUAGUGUCAGUGGGACCAGCAAAAGAGGAGAAGAAGAAGGAGGAGCCCAAGAAAGAGGAGCCGAAGAAGGAGAAAGAUCCAAAAUACGAAAUGGCUGAGUUAAUAAAGGCCUACCACGCCUAUUAUCCUCCUAUGCCUGCAGGCUAUUACAUAACAAACCCAGAAGAGGAUCCCAAUUCUUGUGUCAUUUGCUGAUUUUGACAAUUUUUUAAAGAAUUGGGAAGAUGGCCAAGAAGAAGAGAAGUCGUAUAUGUACAGUGGAGUGUUAUUUAUUUAUUUUGUUGCCGUGGAGUUGGUUUGCAAUCAUCUAAGACGAUACGAAAGUAAACUUUUUUUUUAGGUCUAACCGAAAAAACAAUAAAAUAUCUUGGAGACCUCUUUGAUGUACGACUCUGUUUUUGUUAUUACAUUUUGAUGGUGGGAUAAUUAAUGGACGAAUUAGCUAUGUGCUACUAGCUUCAGAAUUAAA